AUGAUUUUGGAAGAUAGCACACUGACUUUAUCAUGUUUGACUGCUGAUUAUGUAAUAGGAGUUGCUUAGAAAAUGAUUUGCAUCGCCGCAUUGGUCAUUUCUUCUGUUUGCGCCAAACCAGGACUGGCGUCCCUAGCUUAUACUGCUCCGAUUGUCGCCGCAGCAGGACCAGCAUUCGCAACGGCUCAGAGCUCACAGGUGGUGUCUCGUAAUUACAAUGGAAUUGCUCCUGUGGCCUACACUGCCGCAGUUGCCACACCAUUCGCCGCUCCCGUUGCUGCUCCAUUGGCUUACUCUGCUCCAGCUGUAGCACCACACCUGACAUAUGGUGCCCCUGUUGCUGCUCCUCUGGCUUAUUCGGCUGCUCCUGUAGCACGUGCCGUAGCUGCUCCGUAUGCCGCUUAUGCUGCUGCCCCGUAUGCUGCUCCUUAUGCCGCUCAAUACGCAGCACCGUAUGCUGCCUACGCAGCGCCGGCACUGUCCGCUUAUCGGUCGUCUUAUCUGCUGUAAAUGAGCCCAAUAUUACCAAUACGUUUGUGUGGAUCCUGAAACAACAAGACUUGUGAUUUUACUAUUGAGAUAGUUUGAUAAAAAAAUA